AUGGGCUGCGCCGUGCUGCUCUUCCUCGCGGGCAGCGGGCGAUACAGCCCCUUCUCCCCCGCCGCCGCAGCCGCAGCCGCAGCCACCGUCGCUGCAGCCGCCGCCGCCGCCGGCAGCCCCUUGCGCGCCGCCCGGCUGGUGCCCGCGCGUCCCCACGCCCCGCCGGCCUGCCUGCUCCUCCGGCGCCGCCUGUCCCCGAUGGCGCGCGUGGUGAAGGUCGUGACCGCAGCCAUGCGCAGCCGCCUCAGGCCCAAGACUGCCCCGCAGGCGGGCAGCCCCAUCCCCGGAUACACGGCGAUCGACUCUUCGGAUCCCGACGACAAUCUCGGGAUCUCCGCCCUGCGGCAGCCGGGGCCCUACAGCCCGGCGGGCGGCGGCCCGCGGUCUAGGCUGGGCGGCGGCGGCGGCGGCGCGGCGGGGCGCCAGACGCCGCGGCCGCAGAGCGGGGGGUCUAAGAGUUACAGGUGGCUGGAGGAUGCGAUCACAGAGUGGGCCGACAGCCAGGGCGCGCCGGGCUCCCACGCCGGCGGCGGCGUGGGCGGCUACACGCGCAAGCAGGCGAGGGCCCGAGGGUCUGGGCGGCGGGGGCCAGGGCGCGGCAUGGGUUGGGGUGCUGGGGGCGCCGAAUCGGGCGCGCGCGGCGUGGUUGAGGAGGUGAAGCUGGUGCUGCGCCUGCUGCCCAUCUUCUGGACCACUGCGAUCUACUGGACGCUCUACGGCUUCAUGGGCACCUUCUUCAUCGCCCAGGGCUCCCUCAUGGACAACGCCAUUUCCAUCCCCUGGCCCUUCUGGGGCGGCGGUGGCGGCGGCAGCCCAACAGGCGGCGCGGGGCGGCGGCUGCUGGAAGCUGACAUCACUCGCGGCGGCGGCGGCGGGGGCGAUGGCCCCGGGGGUGAUGAGAAUGGCGGGUUUGUCAUCCGCAUCCCUAGCGCCACGAUGGCGCUGUUCAACACUGGGGCGAUCAUCCUGCUGGUCCCCCUGUACGACAAGGUGGUUGACCCCUGGCUGACCAAGAUGGGGCGCAAGCUGACGCUGCUGCAGAAGAUUGGCUGGGGCAUGAUGGUCGCAGCGCUCGCCAUGCUCUACGCCGCCGGCAUCGAGUCAUGGCGCCUCUCCCUCUUCCGCAGCUCCCACGGCGGCGACGACCCCGGACCCGUGGCCGGCGGCGGCGACGGCGGUGGCGGCGGGGAUUAUGAGCGGGUGGCCAUCAACAUAAUGUGGCAGAGCCCUGCCUAUAUCCUAGUGGGCGCGAGCGAGGUGCUGGCGUCUGUGGGGCAACUCGAGUUUUUCUAUGACCAGGCGCGUCGGUUAUCACGGUUUGGGGGGCCCCUGAUGUGA